ACAAGCCCCCCUCCAGCCACCGACGCACUCCUCUUGAGAAAUUCGGCAAAAGGCUUGAAUUUUCCUCUUCUUUUCUUGUUAAAUCACAAGAUUUGCGGCUUAGAAUCUUCCCUCUCAACCCAGAAAAUCCCGGUUCUGCUCUGCUCUUCUCCCCUGUCCGCCGGCUGCUAUGUGGGUGGGAGAUUUUGGGCCUUUUUCUGAAUUUUGAUAGAUUUCCCGUGAGCUUUCUUCUUCCAUGCCGCCGGCCUUUCCCCAAUCUGCAGCUCCUGUUUUAGCUAGAGAAUUAUGGUAUGUGACAGCCUUUUAAGGCUUAAAUUGUUCAUUUAGUUUGCUGGCUGUGUAUGUCCGAAUUUUGCUAGAAAAAUGGGGAAGAAUUUGAUAGCUUUAGGACCAUGAUUGAGCUUAAUUGACGUGGGAUUUAUGUGAUUGAGUGUUAAUUGACUACUGUGUGAUUUUUGGAGAAAAUCCCGUGAAUUAGCUAGUGUUUUGGCCAAUUUUGGAAGUGCAGUUACUGUUCAUGGGUACUGUUCAUGGGUACUGUUCACAGAACACUGUUCACACCCCGAGAUUCAACGAUUAACGGAGAUUUAAAUGAUUAGUUUGUGAUAUAAGAACGAAAUUGGAGAUAUCUGAUAAUGUGGAGAUUGAUAGGAAAUAGCAUUGUGAUUAGGGGAUGAUCCUAAUGAUGAUUUCAGUUUGAAUUUGUGAUAGUCCAGUAAUUAAUUCGUGGAUUCUUGAUCGUUCUGUCAGUUUAGUACGUGACUUGAGUGCUCGGUUUUGCGGAGUGAGGAAAUGAAACCGAGGACGGGGAAACCACGGGAAGUGACGAGUUAGAAAGCUAGCCAUUUCGAGAUUGAUAUAGAUUUUAGAAAUAAAUCGUGAUUUUGUAAGCUAGAGUGCAUUUGGAGAUUUAUGAUAUCGGAGAAAUUUUAAAGAUUUGAUCUUCAGAUUUUGAUGGUAUCAGAUUGUGGUUUGAUAGGUUCCGAGCCUUGUGCAUUUGUGGGACUCGUCUCACGAGUGCACGACGUCUGUCGCGCCUCGAAUUUAGGUUUUGGGGCGUGAUAAGAUAAUAAAGGCUUGUGAGGAUG